AUGGAGAUAGCCAUUCCUACAGUUGCCAAUCCUUCUAGGGUCUCUCAGGCGGCCCUGUGUGGCAUGUUUUUGGCAAAGUUCGAUGUGCAUACGGGAUAUGAACUUAAGUGGUUCCGAUCACUAAAUGAGUCUUUGUAUCCUAGCAAAGGCUUGGAAUUCAAAGCUCUGCCGUCGGGACUCCAUUCUGUCGAUACGGACAUUAUUUGUUUUGUUCACGAAAAAGGAGAGCCGAACCUGGCCAACACCAAGUCUUUAUUGUAUGGCAUACUGGUUUUCAAGCAAAAUCUAUCAUCGCAGAAGACAGUUGAUGGAAACGUUGAUCGAAACUCUGUGAAAAUGUACUCGCUUGGUGUUCUGGUAGAUCCGGAGCACUUGAACGAACCGUGGAUGCCCAGGGUAUAUUCAUCUUGCUGGAACUACAGAAAUGAACUGAACAGGCUUGUCACAAGGUUUCUGGACUCUGGCGAGGAAAAAGAUAAGUACAACAGUCUCGAACAGUUUUGGACAAUUCACAGAUUUAAGGGGCCCAAUGACUUGAGCACGAAAUUCAAAGAUAUCAUGAAAAACGUCAAUAUAAAUAGAAGAAAGUCUAUUCAAACUCUCACCAAUGAUGAGCCACAGAAUGCAGAUAGAGGGGCUAGUUCUGAGAGUGGCAUGACCACACGUACCUUAGCAGACACCUCCACAGACGGGGCCUUGCCAAAAAAUGAUAGUGACCUGGAUCAAUACAACAUUGAUGACGAGCACAUGGUCAACUAUCUUCUUCCACUGAUGGAAACUCUAGGCCCUUUGGUAUACCGCUUGUGGAAGCUGGCAUUAACCCGUAAGAAAAUCAUCAUUUAUGCACCGCAGAACUCUCAUCGUUCGAUCAGCGAGCUGUCCAAAAUCGUCUACUGUGUCUCACUGAUAUCCUCGAUUCCAAAAGACUUAAAGCUCACGCUGAUUAAAUCCAGGGUGAUCCAGCAGGAGACUUUGGAACAUCUCACACCGCUAUACAACGUGUGUGUUAACGAUAUCGGGUUUCUAAAGUCGCAAAAAAACGGUUUCAUAGCCUCAACUUCUGACCAAAUCAUUUUGGAAAAAACAGAGCUCUACCACUAUUCUUUGCAGCUGCCCGACACAGAUCAAGGGGAGCCGCUUCUGGUGGCAUCUGGAUCGACGAAACCAAUCCUCGCGACGCCGAGAGACUUCAACCGCUUCAAGCUCGUGUAUGCUGCCUUUUUUGAGAACGUGGUUCGGGGAGAUCUUCGCAUAGACGAUUUGGAGGUCAAGCUUCCUCCACAUGCAAGAGCAACCACAGAGCCACUCUCGCUCCGUGAAGUUGUUUGGAAAGGAUUUUCGUGGUGGGCUACCGCAGGAAGCAGCGAAAGCCCUAGGGACGAGUUUGAAGAAGAGUAUGACUUGCUCGAUGAUGUCGACCAGACAAAAGUUGAACGGCUGGUGUCCUUGAUCGGAUACUUCCAGAAACUGACCACUAAGCUGUUCACGAUCCUGGUCGACAUAAUAAAUAACAGCGAAUCGGACCAUCUGAACGAGGGAACGAGUGAGUCUGACACGCUUGUUGAUCACGCUUCUCGUGACCACAGCCUAUGGAUUGAGCCUCACGAUCUUUACGAGAUGGGUCUAGAUCCUUAUAGUACAACAGACCGCCAAUUUGUGACGGUGCUGUGCAUGGUUUGGUGGGGUAGGGAGAUCAAAAUCGGAGGAUAUUUGGGUAGCUGCUGUUGUAUAUGA